CUCGUUCUCCAUCUCCACCUUUCUCCCUGUCUGUCGUUGAGGGUUUCAAAGGAUAUCAACCGGGCCUGAGAUAGGCUACUCAUAAGCGAUAUUCAGCAUUCAAGGUCAAUUAAUCAGGAGGAGAAUGGAUCCAGUUUGAGCAUCUUGACUGAUAAGUUGCCGAGUGUGAUCCUGUAACCAUGGCGACCUGUGGGCGUGGUUGCGUCCCGGCAGUGCGUUUCUGCCAAAGGCUGAACCGACUGAAGACCCUGGAUGAUGAUUUGAUGGUGACAUCAAUGAAGCGCUGCCUGACCAUGGUGGACCUGGCCCUGCUGGGUGUUGGGGGCAUGGUGGGCUCUGGUCUCUACGUCCUGACAGGCACUGUGGCCAAGGACACCGCGGGACCUGCCGUGGUCCUCUCCUUCCUCAUAGCAGGCAUCGCCUCCCUGAUGGCCGCCCUCUGCUAUGCUGAGUUCGGGGCUCGCGUGCCCAGAACGGGCUCAGCCUACAUGUUCACCUAUGUUUCUUGUGGAGAAAUAUGGGCCUUUCUCAUUGGCUGGAACGUAGUGUUGGAGUACAUGAUUGGUGGGGCCGCGGUGGCGCGGGCGUGGAGUGGUUACCUGGACUCCAUGUUUAACCACACUAUCCAGAACUACACAGAGAACCACAUAAUGAAGUGGAAUGUUCCCUAUAUCGCCCACUACCCUGACCUGCUGGCCGCCGGGAUUCUAGUGGUUGCCACCAUCUUCAUAACCUUCGGAGUGCGAGUCUCUUCUUGGCUCAACCACAUCUUCUCCGCUGUUAGUCUGGUUGUCAUACUCUUCAUCUUGGUGUUUGGCUUCGUGCUGGCCGAUCCAGUCAACUGGAGCCAGAAGGAAGGAGGUUUUGCACCGUUCGGUGUGUCUGGGGUUAUGGCAGGCACAGCCACCUGCUUUUACGCAUUUGUUGGCUUCGAUGUGAUUGCAGCCUCCAGCGAGGAGGCAAAGAACCCCCAGCGAGCCAUUCCUAUGGCCACAGCCAUCUCCUUGUGCAUGGCAGCCACAGCCUACAUCCUGGUCUCCACUGUCCUCACUCUCAUGGUGCCCUGGCACUCCCUCGAUCCCAACUCCGCUCUGUCUGACGCCUUCUUCCGCCGAGGCUACAGCUGGGCUGGCUACAUCGUGGCAGUAGGGUCCAUCUGUGCCAUGAACACAGUGCUCCUCAGCAACCUCUUCUCCCUCCCUCGGAUUGUUUACGCUAUGGCGGAGGAUGGCCUCUUCUUCGCCUUCUUCGCCAAGGUCAACCCUGUCACCAAGGUCCCUGUGAAUGCCAUCUUGGUGUUUGGCCUCCUCAUGGCCGUCAUGGCCCUCAUCUUUGACCUGGAGGCCCUGGUCCAGUUCCUGUCCAUCGGCACCCUCCUGGCCUACACCUUUGUGGCAGCCAGUGUCAUUGUGCUGCGCUUCCAGCCUGAGAAGGAGAAGACCAGUUCCAAGGCUAACUCCACUACCUCCCCUAACACCAACUACAACCCAGAGCCCUCACCCGAAGCCUCCGAGUCCCAGAUCAUAGCUCAGGACAGCGGGGAGCUGAAGGAGUAUGAGUCCUUCUCAGACAAGCUACAGCUGGUGGAGAUGCAGAAGACCAGGGAACGCAGCGCCCCAGGGGUGUUGAAGGCCCGCUGGGAGCCCUACCUGGGCAGGUUGCUAGGGGACUUUGAGCCGGGGGAGGUGGUGGCCUUCUCUGUGCUGGCGGUGAUGGUGAGCUCUGUGUCCCUCUGUGCCGUUUUUGUGUUUGGGAGUAACCAGCUGCAGCUGCCUACGUGGAGCUUUGCCGUGCUAAUAGUGGUGUUUGGCUCAACCUUCCUCCUCAGCCUGGUCGUCAUAUAUGCCCAUGAACCACAUAUCAACACCAAAACCUUCCAGGUACCCUUGGUCCCAUUCAUCCCUGGUGCAAGCAUCCUCAUGAAUGUGUUCCUAAUGCUGAAGCUCAGCCCAAUGACCUGGAUCCGCUUUACCGUAUGGGUGGCUGCAGGUCUACUGGUGUAUUUUGGCUAUGGGAUAUGGCACAGUAAGGAGGGCCUGAGGGAGCUGCAGCCCAAGGACAUGGCUGCCAGGUACGUGGUGCUCCCUAGUGGCAGCCUGGUAGAGACAGUCCAGUCAGUGCAGCCGAACGGACAUGGGGACGCCAGCGCCCUCCACACCACCCCCUCCCCCGCCCAGUCUGCUGAAGAGCAGCAGGCAAAGAGAUGAUGUGUAGGAACUAGGAAGGGAGCCAUCUUUAUUUCAGUGGGCCGUUUAUCAUCUAUCUGCUCCUACUCAUACAUUACCUCACUCUCUUCUCCUCUGACUUCCCUCUCGUGACUGGCCUCAUACAAUCAGUGUGUACUGCCACAAGGCUGUGUUUCUCUGCGUUAGUAAGUACACAUCACACAAUGAGAUUUACGCUCUCUCAUUAUGAAACAUAUUUAUAUUUAUUUUUACAUAUUGUAUCUCUAUUGGUAUUGGUUAUAAUCACUGUAUUUAAAAAAAAUGGUAGAUAAACCAGCACAGGUGUUAUUUCCUUGUUAGCAUUUCUCUCAACUCCUCAAUUGAUCUGCUUUUUAAUGUCUCUCAGUCACUCACAAUUUAAUGUGUUUGGAAGUAGGAUGGUGCUUUUGGUCAUAGCAUACAUUGAGUCAUGUUGAUAAGCUGCAUUUUUCAUUUUGUAAGCACUGGAAUGAAUGGACCUUUGUUUAGACACACCCAUGUACAAACACAUAUUCACAUUUGCUUUCUCUCUCACACACACACACACACACACACACACACACACAUACACACACACACACACAAGCAUUAUUCUUGCCUGAGGAGAGACUAGGUUCUGUCAGUGGGUCAUGUGGGUCCACUUACAACCCCUGGGACCACCUCAAGAUCUCCCUCAUUCCCCCGUACUAGUGGCUGCUCAGCCAAACGCAAAUCAUUUACAUACAUUUUCUGUUUUAAUGAUUAUUUCGGACUUGUUUCAUGUAGUUCCUGAGCUGUGAAACAGUCUAUUUUAUUUUAAAAAAUGAAAAUCCCCCAAUGCACAAGAACUAGACAGCGACCCAUUCCCCUUCUGUGUGCUACCAUGAGAUUAGUUUAUGCAACCAUCUAAUAUAAAAGCACCUGGAUUAUUUUAGCUAUGGUUUUGUUCUCAUUUCUCCUCAUACACAACAGUGAUAAUGCGAGACGAGAGUUAUAAACAUGUGUUUUAAUAUAUGCUUUUUGUAAGGCAAGCACAAACCCAGUUCAUGAUGUACCUGAACAGGGUAUUUGGUGCUGCUGCUUAGAAGCAUAUUAACAAACAGGGAUUGAGUGUUUUGUCAGACUAUGCCAGCCAUAGGACAUCUCUUAUCCUCAUGAGACCUCUGUAAUCCGACAGAUUUGCAGCAGUCCCUGCGGUUGACCAAUAGCUUGAUCUAGAUUACAUACACGCACAGAUCACUCUCACUCGCAGUGCUGGAUUACACUGACCUCCUCAGAGAGGGAUUGCACUCUCACACCCAGUUACUCACUACCCUGUCUGAUAGCACAGUGUUUGAGAGGGCAGUAAGAUGUCAUGACAAUGUAACAUUGUCUCAACGUGAUAAUCAUAACAUUCCCAUAGCUAAGGUUUUCAGUCAAGUCCUGAGAACGGAUUAUUUUGUUACCUAAAAGGUGUAUAUUUGUCUGUUUGUCACGUUUGGAGAUUGCGGUAAAACGUCUACCAUUUAUCUGUAUAAUAAUAAUGUAACUACAACAUUGCCUUGAUGUUAUUAGCGUUUUCUAUAUAUCACAGUCCUUAGAAUGAUGAAAAAUAAGCAUGAGUCCCUCACUACCGGCUACCAACCUCACACGUGUCUGUAGCUCACUUUAGUGUUGUACUCAAAAAUAUGUUUGUUUUGUCACUUAUUUAUCACUAUUUAUUAGUUAUUGUAAACAUACAUUUGUUUAUGUAAAUAUAUGACACAAGCAACCAAUGGCCUUAAAGAUGUUUUCAUGAGUACAGAAUGAUUCCCAAAGCUUACGUGAAAUCUAAACAACUUUAGUUGUUCAGGUAGCUUUUCACCUCUAUCCAAGUAGUUUACCCUGUUAUAAUCUCAGUAUUUAUUCAUAGGAUAUUAUAUUGUAAACUACUAUAUUCCAUUCAAUUGAUUUCAACAACAGAUACAGCCUUUGAAGUAAUCAAAUGUUGGUGGAUGUGGGGAUAACAAAAUAUUAAAUGGAUUUUUGUACAACUUUGCACAUAGUUUAAGAUUUUAACUGCAAACGACUGUAUGUGUCUCUCUACCAGCGUGUCUCUGUUUUUCCUGUGUGGGCAAGUGACAGGUGUUGGCACUAUGGUGCUUUUGGCAAGCUAAACAUUUCCUCACCUCGAUGAGUUACGUUCUCUGUCUUGUGUGUCAGUAAGCACAAUGCGCUAUGGGCUCUGACUGUACCUAUGUACUCUGUACUUACACAUUCAAAUUCUAAGUAUUUUUUGUUGUAUAAAGUCUAAAAGAAGCUGUGUUAUUUCGUGACAAAUAAAUGUUUUGAAGCAGCA